AUGUCACUACCACUCGUGUCUCCAUUACCAUCAAAUGCGAAUGAUGAAGUAGCAGAACUAGCUACCUUUUUCAAUGAGACAUUAGGCUUUUGUCCAAACAGUGUACUGACUAUGCAGCAUCGGCCAGCUAUUGCCACCGCUUUUAUUCAGCUAAACAAAGCAGUCAUGAAUAAUCAGGGUCGCGUUACUAGUGCUUUAAAACGUCUUAUCGGUUAUGUUUCUAGUUCGAAAGCAGGUUGUCAAUAUUGUCAAGCACAUACCAUCCUAGCAGCCGAACGUUAUGGAGCUACUGCAGAACAACUGGCGUAUAUAUGUCAAUAUUCUACUCAUCCUGCUUUCAGUACUGCCGAACGAGCAGCUCUUGAUUUUGCCGUAGCUGCUUCUACAGUUCCUAAUGCUGUUAACAGUGGUAUUAUUGAAAAUCUACGUCAGCAUUGGGAUGAGGGUGAGAUCGUGGAAAUUUUAGGUGUGAUUGGUUUAUUUGGAUAUCUGAAUCGUUGGAAUGAUUCAAUGGGUACCAGCAUUGAACCAGGAGCAAUAAAUGCAGGUGAAGCUCAUCUCACAAAACAUGGAUGGUCACCUGGAAAACAUGCACAUAAAAAACAUUCAUCUUAG